UAUUGGGGACGGGGGGAGGGACGGAAAUGCCCGAAACUCCCCCACCCCGGGAGGGGUUCCCUGGGAAAGGUACACUGGGCCCAAACAGUAACCCCGUGUCAGUAUGCUGCUAGUACGGUGAAGGUAAAGAUGAGCAUUGCUCGUGUGUUGCUCGUUCGAUACGAUUUCGGAAUAGUGGAAAGUUUGUUACUGCUGGUGCUGGUGCAUUUGCUGGCUUAGGGUUGUAAAUCGUGCCCAAGGUUUUUGUUGUUUUGGGCACGUGCCACAGUGGUAAAAAAGAAGAAAGUAAGACACACGGAAAAUAAGCAAAAGAAAAGCAAUUCGACCCGGCUUGAUAUGGAAUUGAAUUGAGUUAAAAUUCACGGCUGAUAAACGUUCGCGUUCGGAGCGGUUUUGAACAGACUCGUUGCAAGACGACGGAUUAUACCUACCUACCAAUCAAACAGUCAGAGCCAAAGCCAAAGUGCAGUGUUGUGUUGGGUUAGUUAUUUGCAAGUGCAAGUUGCUGCUGCAGGAACUCUUUCUCUCGGUGUGUGACAGGUGCAGCUCUGGUGUGACGUAUCCAGAUGUCUAGUGUGUGAGUCCGUGAGUCCUUUUUCCCGGUCACUGCACCAGACAAAACACCAGCUAGAUCUUGGCAUAAAACCAGACCACACACUUCUGCUUCUAUCAACCUUCAACGGGACGCAACGCGCGUCCAGCCGCGUUCAGGGCCAUAAUCGUGUGUGUGUACGACCAUGUACGACCAAACCGAUGGGCGGUGACCAUCGCCACCGGUGGUAGAAAAGAGUCAAAAAGAAGAAGAAAAAAAUCGCAUCCGUUUGUGCAAAAUCCACUGCGCACCAGGGGAAAAGGGGUUGUUUUUUGUUGUUGUUCGUUGAUCCAUUUGUCUUGUUGAGCCAGGGAAAACGCCACAGGGCUGAAAAAAGGGAGCGUGCCACAGUACGAUUUGUGUUUAUCCCCGUGCGUGUAUCAGUGUUCAAGUACGAUCUUGGUGGCUCAGUGUGUGUGUGCGCGUGUGUAUGUGUGUUAAUGUGUUUCUGGUCGUUGGAUGAAAACGGGCCCCACGCCGACGUAACGCGCUCACGCAGAUUCGGCGAUACAAUCAACUAAAACUCCCCCGUCUGCUGGUGGGGCCACCUCACGAUGGUGACGCGGAACGAGCCGUCAGCGAUGGAAUGCACACCUUUCGACCACUUUCGAUCGGUUACGGCUAGUGCAACUACACUACAGGACGUGUGCAAUAUUUUUCGCUAGUAUACUCUUCAUGGUGCUUCAUCAUCUGACCGGUAGCAAGUUAAGCAUCACGGCAACGAUCAUAACACGGUAUCCACGUUACCUAAGCUGGUACGGUGUUCCGUAUUCAACCAUUCGCUAAAGUGCAUUCAAACGAACCGUGUACGUGUGUCAUAUAUCGAACGUUCAAUACCGAAACAUAACCGAUAGAUAAAACUCCCCUAUCUGUGAAGCAUAUCGACGUGCAAUAGCAAGCAAAACGUGUGCGCCUGCAUUCAAAAAUGAUCGACAACGGGUACUCGUACGUGACGCGAGAUAAUCUACGUUACACCGAGCUAAACGAUGGCCGUUCCUACGCCCAGAUGGGUACGCUGGCGUCUCCGCCGGCAAUGGCCAACCGGGGCCUGUCCGAGUAUGACAGCACGGCGGUACAUUUGGCAAACCAUCGGCCGUACGAUCCGGCACCACAGACCGCAUUCGAGCGGUACGAUACAGCUUAUGCCCCACAGCGCACGGCACUGUAUCCGGCGGCAGCGUACGGCUACACGCAACCGACGAUCAUUGACGAGGAGCAGAAGUAUCUCGGUGCGGACAGUAACCCACACACUACCGAUGUGCAGCAGCCGCAAACGCAUCCACACCAUCACCUUGGGCUUGGUGGUCCGACCGCACCGGACGCUCGUACCCAUCACACCAUGAUGAAGGUCGAAAUGGAUGACAGUGCCGGUCCGAUUUAUCCCCGGCCGAUCUAUCAUUACGAUCCAUCCACGUGCGGUGCGAUGCCGCCCGGCUUUUCCGCGAUCAAUCUGAGCGUGAAGGAGUCGAGUCCACCGUUACCACCGGCCUACAAGACGGGCCCCGGUUCACCAUCACCGAAUGGACGGCGGGUAGGUGACGAGAGGGGGAAUAAGAUAUCGUCCACCAGUCCAGAGCCGCAGGUCAGCCCGACGGGCGGUCGUCGUAACAGUAGUCCUCAGGCAUCACUCGAUCUGAGCUCCAACAACAGCGGUGGUACGAGUCCACAGUUCCCGAAUCGCCAGAGUACGAACAUCAACACCAAUACCAACACCAGCACGAGUGGAAAUACGAGCAACACCAACAGCAACGCUGUGUAUACGAGCGAGGUAAGCGAAAGCCGUCCGGCGGAGGUGAACGCAAACGACUACGGCAAUACGGCGGAACGUCCGCUCGGUAUGGGAUUUGCCCGGCCACAGCCACCUUCAGCAUCCUACAGCCGAGAGUCAACGCCGGACAGUGGUGGAUCGUACUAUGCCGACAGCUAUCGCGAUCAGAGUGGGUAUAGUCCACAUACAAGCUACGGAAUGGUGGUACAACCUGACUACUCGAACGGGUAUCCUAGCUACGCACCGAACGCCUACCAGUACAGUGGACCGUAUGCGAGUUCGCUCGGCACCACCGUCUAUCCACCGACCGUACCGACCAGCUAUCCGGCUAGUUCGAGUUCGAGUUUCGUGACACCGCCCUCACUCGGACAGCAUAUAGCGCCCCACGAUAAUCUGCUGAAGGCUGGUUCUUUCCUGUGCAGUCUGACCGGCUACCAGCGUCUCGAGCGACCUCAGUUUCCUUCACAGUCGCAGGAGCUCAAAUGUCCGACACCCGGGUGUGAUGGGUCGGGUCAUGCAACAGGGAACUACUCUUCGCACCGCAGCCUAUCCGGUUGCCCGAGGGCAUCGAAACCGAAAAGCAAACCCCGCGAUGGACAAGAAUCGGAACCACUAAGAUGUCCUAUUCCUGGAUGUGAUGGAUCUGGUCACUCUACGGGAAAGUUCCUCUCGCAUCGCAGCGCGUCCGGAUGUCCGAUUGCGUUCCGCAACAAGAUGCACAUCCUCGAGAAUGGUGGUACGAUCGAGCAGGCAAAGGCUGCGAUGGCACAGGCCGCGGCCGGGAAGUUCGAACCCUUUACCUGUCCGACGCCGGGCUGCGACGGUAAUGGGCAUGUGGACGGUACGUUCAGCACGCACCGUACGGUUGCCAGCUGCCCGACCGCACAGGGCCCGGGACAGGCACCGUCCAGCAAGAAGCCACGCUACGGUGACGCCGACAACGGUGUGCUCGGUGGACUCGGUCCGGUCGCGCCCAAAUCCUUCAACGACCUAGCGACGGGCUACAGCCAGAGCGUUAAGGGCAGCCUGAUGUCUGGUCCCGGUCCACUGCUGGUCGGGCCUCCGCCGCCUCCACCCCCGGCACAGGUCCCGCCCUCGCUGGGGGUCCUAACGUCUGGUGGUGUGCCACCAGCCGCGACGUCCGGGCUGCUCGCCGGUCUCGGUCAUCCGGUAGCGGGUGUGCACGUACACGGCGUCCCGGGUGUGCUCGGUGUAGGUGGUUCGGCCACCGUACCGAACCAUUGCGGUACGGGUACGGCCACGGAUCACCACCCUGCACCGACCGACCGGGCGGGAAAUGGUGCGAUCGCACCGAACCCAACCACCAACACGACCGGUCCGACCGAUCCAGCUGGAGGUGUCCCACCACCCGACGGGACCGGUGUCGCAUCCGACGACAUACUGGCGCUGGACGAGGAAAUAACCGAGCUUAAGCGGGAGAAUGCACGCGUCGAGCUGCAGAUGCUGCGGCUCAAGUCGAACAUAAACGCGAUGGAGUCGCAGCUGAACAACAACAACCACGAGCCGAAGCUACUCGAGAUCGGGACGCGUGGGAUCACAUGAAAUUUCCUCACGUGUUAGACCAUCGCCAGUGGCCGUUUGCUUUCCGGCACGUCCGUCUCCACAGUGACGCACGGCGCGUGAUCUCGCUCAACUACCAGAUCGCUAUGUGAACACGGUGUUUGAGUGGGUUUUGUGUGUGCAAGAACUGUUGAACAGAGUGUUGCGCUUGCGUGAGUGGAUGUGUAUGCGCGAGAGUGUGUGUGCGUGCGUAUGUGAGUGUUAGUGCGUUUCGUAUGCAUGACGUAUGGGUGUGUGUGUGAGUGUGCGUGUGUAAGAAAGUGAAGACGGAAUGACGGAAGCACACUAGGAUGGUACUAACACGGUAACUGUAAACGCUACAUCUAAAUCAAUAACACUUUCGGGACGCUUUCGAUACAAAAGGUGAUCGAGAGAUAGAGAGAGAGAGACAUCAAGAGAGAGAGAGAGUGAGAAAUAAGAGAAGAAAGUGAAAAAAUUGUGAGGAAAGAAAGGGAGUGCAAAAGAGAGAUAUAAUAUUUGCUAGCAGAAAUGAGAAUUUGCCGCGCAACUGUCACAGCAGCACUGUAGUAUCUGUCAAAUCUGUCAAAACUGUACAGAAGCACCGGCCGGUAUAAGCGAACAGCAUAACAAUAAGCGGUAGAGCAACGACAAAGAUGCAUCUGGACAUCUGGCUACCUGGAUAAGUAUACUGAGGCGUACAGGGAGAGGACGAAAGCGAAACACAGUCACACGCAUACUAUAUUGGGCCGAACUACUAAACACUAACCCAUUUACAUUGUAUACUAGAUUUUGGAAGUAAGUAUUGAACAUAUUUGAAACAGAAAGGAAAAAAAACCAAUUCAAACAAACGUGUUUUUUGCUGGUAUUAACCGUCGUUAGUCGUGUACGUAGCAUGGUCGAAGAGGCACCUGAAACAGGGCAGUCGAAGCAGAGGAAACACAGCUGAUACAUGAACGUGUGUGUCGAUUUAUAUAUAUACAUAUAACAAACAAACAAAAGACAACAAGCUACUACUACUUAGUAAGUCUCACCAUUGAAAAUCCUUGACAGUGACAGCCACACACGAACACAAUCUGAUACAACAAUCCACAAGUACACACACACACACUCAUACACAGAGUGGUUUGUACAGAUACGGGAAAAAAGGUGUGGGUGUGUGUAUGUGUAAAGUGGUACUGUAAUAUAGCGCGCCUUCCUCCUUUCUUGACAGAUUGUUGACGCGUUGAUUACUAAACGAUGACAGGAAGAGUUCUGCACUCCUGGUGUUGUCAAAAUGUAUUAAACGCUAUUGCAUUUUACUGUGUUGCAGAUUGUUUUAGCAUGAUUUCUAUCACUAUUUGAUUUCCCUCUCUUGCUCAUACUCUCUAUCAAAACACUCACACAAAACACACAUGUACACUUUUUAUUGUGAAAAUGUGGUUAAACGGGCACGUGCAAAUGUAAAUCAAGCAGAGGAUAUUAAGCUGUAAAGGGCGUUGUGGCAAGGUGAGCGUGUACGAAACAGGAUAAAUAUACACUAUAUUGCUAGAAACUAGUGGGAAAAGUGGGCGGCAGGGGUUGGGGAAAUAGAGGGAAUAGGAGUGGGAAGGGGAGGGGGGAGGACGAGUGGGAGAGGGGGAAUGGAAGCGUUUUAUCUAGUCAAAUGUGCUGUACGAACUUAUAUUUUAAAUAUUAUUGUGAAUCGUAAAUUGAUUGAAUUAUCGCAAUACAAUAAUGCAAACUUCGUAAGCAAAAUGGUGCCGAUUGAGAGAAAAAAAAGAAAAGAAAAAACAAACACAAACCUAAUCAUCAUUAUUUAAUGAAGUAGCAAAACCAUCGUGUCCGUCUGUUUGCUGGAAGCGAGCGUAACACUGUGCGCAAAUCACGGCCAGAACAAAGUUGAACAAAACGUUAGUAGAACAAACAGAACAAUAAAAAAGAAAUAAAAACAAAACGUCAAAAACAUGAAAGCAGUGCACUGAAAAUGGUAAGGUGAACAUACAAUAAAGUGACAAAAAGAAGAAAAAAAACAUUAGCAGAAUUGUAUAAAAAAAAACACGAACGAGCAAACCAACAAGUAAAUUUAAACAAUAUAUACGCUAGAGAAGGGCAGGUGCAAAAAAAAAACCGAAACACAAUAAAUACGAAACAAAAGCGCAAGGAAACGAACACAAAUUUGAAGAACAAAACGACAAGUUUGCAGAGAAAAAGGAAGAAAGAAAAAGAGAGAAAAGAACCCGAUAAGACAAGAAUUAUAAAUGGUAAAUCAGAGAAAGAAAAACAAACAAAAACCACAUGCCGCAAAACGAAAACAAACAAACAACAAAAAAUAACAAAACAAAACCAAAAAAAAACACUAUUGUAUGUAACCGGUUAUGAAUUUUAAUAAAAAGUAAAAUAACAUA